GGCCUCAUACGUUCACACUGAUUUUGUGAUUUUGGUUAGCCCAGAAACUUGCAAAUCAUUUCGUUCGUUUUUUACUUGGCAAGUUAAUUGGUAAAUUUGAGCGAAACAUGAGCAGAUUAGGCUUUGAGCAAUUUCCAGAAUACCAGGUGCCUGGAGUGAAACACCAGGACUUUUCACCUUACGAGUCUAAUGGCGGCUCCAUUGUGGCCAUCGCUGGAGACGACUUUGCGGUGAUUGCGGCGGACACCCGGUUGAGCAGUGGCUACAACAUCCACUCCAGAACUCAGGAAAAGCUCUUUAAGCUAUCACCCAAUACUGUGCUAGGUUCCACGGGAUGCUGGGCAGAUACCCUCUCACUGACAGGAUCGAUGAAAGUGCGCAUGCAGAGCUACGAGCAUACCCAUCUGCGCACUAUGACAACAGAGGCUGUUGCCCAGAUGCUCUCCAUCUCCAUGUACAAUCGCCGCUUUUUCCCAUACUACGUGUCCAACAUUCUUGCUGGAAUCGACAACGAAGGAGCUGGCGUCGUCUACUCGUAUGAUCCCAUCGGUCACUGUGAGAAGGCCAAAUACCGUGCCGGUGGCACUGCGGGCACUCUGCUGCAGCCUGUGCUGGACAAUCAGAUUGGCCACAAGAACAUGAACUUGGCAUCUGGCGAGGCGCCCCUUUUGACCAAGGAGAGAGCUGUGAGCGUGGCCUCAGACACCUUCAUCUCGGCCGCUGAGCGCGACAUCUACACCGGGGAUUCUGUGCUGAUCAACAUUAUAACCAAGGACGGCAUCGAAGUUAGGACGCUGCAGCUGCGCCAGGAUUAGAAUGGGUUAAGAAUGUGGGCGUCAACUCAUUCGGUCCGGGGCAUUCAGUGAAAACCAACCAAGCGUUAUGAGUUAGUUGGCUUAAAAUUUUUGUAUUUACUGGAAAUAACAAUAUGAAUCGUAAUAAACUGGGUCUUUAAGAUUUCAAA